GAAAAUUUGAAAAUUAUUUUCUAGACUACUAUAUAUAAGACUUCUAAUUUCUUAUCACAUCUUGAUAGUCGUAGUAUUUGAUAUACUAAUAUUUAUUUUUCUCUUUCCAGGAAAUGCAAAAAUGCUUUUCUUCCUAAGAUCGAAAGCUGACAUAUUGAUCUUUUGUCAGAGACAAACAUUGAGACAAAUUCGACAAAUCCAAAAUGUUUCUUAAUUAUAAAAUUCCUUCGAAAGUACAGUUUUCCUGUUAUAACAAGUGGCAGUCCCGAAACAUACUUAACAUAUUCGAUAGCAUUUACACUUAUUGACAAUGAUUUCAGUUAGAUAUCAUUCAGAUUAUAUCUCUGUUUUGAUUAAUAAAAUUGAGAAAUAUCAUUAUCGUUCGUUAUCGUUAGCUGUUCUGGAUAUAAAAAUGGAAUGGAAGUAACGGCAUCGUGAAAGAAUCUCGUUUCUUCAACGUGAUCGGUCAAGCGGCAAAAUGAGGAACGUCGUUUGCAUCUUGGCACUACUGUGCACAGUUUAUGCGUUUCACCAAGAUAUAAGAGACCCUAUGCGCGGUCUCGAGCGAUUGGUGAAUGUAGAAAAGGUAGCUACCAAAGCUGUACUUGACGGUCUGUUACUUUUGGAAGAGCAAACAACGCAGAAACUGGAGAUAAAACUUAACGAACUGAAAACCGAAGCUGCCCUUGAGGUUCAUAAUUCUAUCACUGACGCACUCAAAGAUGUCAAUCUAUCUAUCAACAAGGGAAGAGAAGAGGGUAAGAACGUGGACGAGUGUUACUAUUCUGCAAGGAAUAAUUUGGAGACGAAAAACACAAAUGCGAAUGCUGAAUUGGAUACGUGCGUCGACAACGGCCGAACAGCCAUGGAAGGCCCAUUGGCAAACGUAGCGACCAGUAUUGAGGCGGCGGAAAAAUUACUGACCGAUUUGGACGCCAUCAUACCGAACUGUUACUCUCGCAACUUUCUUAAAAUGCAAGCCUGUGUCAUGAAGGAUCUUUACCUUAGCAGAGCAACGCUGAAACGUAUUACCGGUAAUGCCAAGGAAGUGGGAGCUGCCGUGGCAGCCGCAUACGGAAAAAUGAUUAUAACCGUGAGGAGUUGCAUCACGAAGACCACCGCUGACGUACGCACUUCCAGCACGAAUGUCGUUAUCUCUACUGAAACUUGCGUAAGAAAUGCAGCUGAAAACAAACCGUUCCAAUUAAUAAUGUAAAAUCCUGGCAAGUCGACUACUGCUUUACCACCGAUUGUCCUCAAGUCUAAUAAUAAUCGUUUCGAAAAUUCGAUGAGUCUAACUGUAUUUUUUUAAUUCGUACUUAGUUUUCCAUUAAAAACAUGAAUUAAAACAUUAAACGCAUUGGUCUUUUAUCUUUAAAACAGGCCACAAUAUUUCUGAUUCGAAUAAGAAAGCUUCUUAUUUAGCGUUAUGUGCUUUUUCUCGGUAAAUAUCAUGUAAUUAGACUGAAUCGUUUUUAUAUUCGUUGUACGAUCAAAACAAUGUCGCUUCGGAUCGUAACCGCAUAGAGCAGAAAUAUUGAAAAUAAAAAUUAUAUCAGAAGACUUA